AUACAGAGGGAGGGCUGUGGGAUGUCAUGUGUAAAGAAAGAGAUUCUCAUUGGAGGCAAAGAGAGAGAAGAUCACUAUGCACGUUUGGAGAAAAGGGAAAAAGGGGAAAACAAAAAGCAUCCUACAUGGUGAAGCCAUCUUGGUCACACGCUCAGGACUUCAGGACCAAAUCUGAUUAUUAAUAAGUGUAGUGGCUUUGGAAAAGCUUUCUUUUAAAGCAGGAUGAUGUCCUCCAAGCUGAAGUGGCUGAUUGUGAUCCAGCUCCUGCUGAAUGAACAGGCCUUGUGCAGGGUCCCACCUCCUUUGGCGCAAAAGAGCACUGUGCUUCCAGGAAGUGACACCCAUAAAGCUGUAGAGGAGGUGUCCAAACAGAAUCUUGACUCUCUCCUGGGAUCCCAAGUACAGUCUGGUAUCUCACCUGAAGAAAAAUCUGAAAGAAUCCGAUCUGCCCACCAGAUGACAUCGGUCCUUGGGGCGAAGCUUCAGGAGCAGAUUCAAGCUCAUUUACACAUUCAGGGGAACAUCAGCUGUGAGGAGCUGCUGUCAGCCAGCGCUGUGGAUGACUCGCUGUCCUCCAUGUUCCCCCAGGAGCUGCUGGGUCUCUCUUUGGUGCCUGUGUUGGUGGUUGCAGGGUGCCCAAAGGAAGCACACACCUUGUUGCUGAAGCUGUAUGAUCUGCUGGGAGUGGCUGAUACAGAGGAGCUACUGAUGGAGGUAGAGGGCCUAAUAGAGCGGAGGAUGAGCAAAUCAGCAGCUGCACCAACACCCACAUCAGCAUCAUUGCCUUCAGGGAGAGAUCAAACUCAGCGACACAUAAAAGCUGUGAUGUUUAACAUUGAGCAGCUGGCAUUCGUGGGAGAAGAUAACACUAAUCAGGAGGGACACUGCGAGGGUUGGAGUCGAGUAAAUGGGACCAUGCUGAUAGGAAACGCUGUGGAGGGAGGCACAGGUGGACUGGAGGAUGCUGUGAGCAGCUGUGAAAGACUGGGAUUCCUGUGUGCUGGUGUGACCAGUGGGCGUCACACACCCGGAAUGUACCAGGCGGUGUGGAAAAAAGGUAGUCGCAUAUUGCCAUCUGAAUCCACAGAAUCUGAGACCUGGAUCCAUCAGUGCAGCGCCACAGCAGCAACUGGUCACCGGUGGAAACGCAGCACCCAGAGGAACUGCAUCAACAAAAGCGAGCAGCGCGUGUACAGUGUGAUGGAGUGGAUCCCUGGAGUCAGCACACUCUACAACCUUGGCACAGCUGUGUAUUACGCCUCAGUCAACUGCUCUGAAACAGCCAAGGAGAGAGCCAUCCUGAGCGCUGUUGACCUCGGAACGGAUGCCCUCAUGGUCGCCACGGGUGGGACUGCUGGUGUAGCAGGCUAUGCUCUGGGUGCAGGGGUGAAGACCGGCGUGAAAGCUGGGGUCAAGUAUCUGCUCAACUCCAUGAAGGAGGAAGAUGACAUGCUGGUGAACCAGUUCAGCUCGGAGGAGGGUAUCAUCACCAUAGACUGAAGGAUCAAUGAAUCACCCUCUUAAGCUCUGGCAAUAAAUACUGACAUAAGUGUAAAGGUAGAGGAUCAAUAUUUGAUAGCUUACCUGUUUGCAUAGUAACUAUUAGUGAUGGUUUGCAGUGCAAGAUUAGACAUUAAUGUGUUGCUCAGUGGAUUUUAAGAUUCAAGUUUUUAAAGGGAAUUUAGCUUUUCUUUUUUGUAAGGAUGUACACAACAAAAAAAUAUUAUUAAGACAGAUCCCAAUUUGUCUGCAUAUAUAAAUUAAUACGAGAGAGACAAUGUAAGCUAACAAUGAAAUAAAAGUCAUUCCACAGAAUGAAAACUGUCCACAUCAGCUGAAAACAGAUCCAAUAAUUUAUAACCUCAAAAGUAAGCUUUAAGCCGUUGCUUAGAAAUAAUAUUUUAAGUAUAUACUUUAUAAAGUAGUUUACUAGUUAAUCGUAUUAGGCAGCAACACUGAAGACUGGUCUCAGGAAACAAAACCUUCAAUCCCUCAACACUUUGAUUUUGCCCGUCUCUGUUUAUCAUCUUUUAUUUUUAAAUUUAUCUCUUCCUUCAGCUGAAACCUACAGUCAGGUUGUUAGGUCGCAGUUAUAUUCUCAGCUCUGAUGUAAUUGCAGGGACACUAGCGUCAUGAUAAAAUAUUGUUGCUGUAUAUUUUUUUCUGUAAAUGUUAUUAAAUUUUACAUUAAACUGGUGGCAGUGUAUAAUGUUA